GCUACGCAGACGUCACAGCUCCAGCCAGCAGCUGCACAGUCGCCACAGGACAUAUUUUGAUAAACCAUGGAGACUUUAUACAGUAUACCGUUUGCUGUGCUGGAAUGUCCAAAUAUAAAACUGAAGAAACCGUCUUGGCUGCAUAUGCCGUCGGCUAUGACGGUGUAUGCGGUCGUUAUUGUGUCCUACUUUCUCAUCACUGGAGGAAUCAUCUACGAUGUCAUAGUUGAACCACCAAGUGUGGGUUCAAUGACUGAUGAGCAUGGACACCAGCGGCCGGUGGCCUUUUUGGCAUACAGAGUAAAUGGCCAGUACAUUAUGGAAGGACUGGCUUCAAGUUUCCUCUUCACAAUGGGAGGCUUGGGCUUCAUAAUCCUGGACCGCUCUAAUGCACCAAACAUUCCCAAACUCAACCGCUUCCUGUUGCUCUUCAUCGGGUUUGUCAGCGUGCUCCUCAGCUUCUUCAUGGCAAGAGUGUUCAUGCGCAUGAAGCUGCCUGGAUACCUCAUGGGCUAAAAGCGCAGACAGCACACACAAUCUGACAGAUGAUUUGGAUGGACAGAAGGCAUCAUAAAUAAGGUGGAAGAGGGCCCAACAGGCAGUAAAAAAAUAUGGAUUAACUCAACCUUUUGAUAUAAUCAACAAUGAUUAAGGACUGAAAGCACUGACCUUGCUUAAGAAAAUAGUCCCGGAUGUACUGACAGUCUGACACUGGCUGUGUCUUAUUGGUAAUCAGUGACCUCCUUUCCUCUCCUUUUCUCCCUGUGCAGUGUUAAAUCCAACAGUAAUGCUUAUCUUCUAUAUUACCACAUGCAUUACUGGCACAUCAUUACCAAAUGUGUUGUUUCCCUAGGAGACACAUUUUACUGACAACCUGGAAAUGGGUUAGGAGAAAGUGUCUCAGAAGAAAAAGGAAAGGAAGUCACUGGACAUAAUUGGGAUGGAGCCAUUGAUUUGGCAUUGAUUAGCACUGCAAAUCAUUUAGAGGGGACUCUCAAUACUGUUUAAGUUGUUUGUUUUUUGUAAAGCAGUUCUUGAAAAUGCCUUGAACCUGUCACAGUUGCAUUUUUGUACGAGAUGGUGAAAUAAAUCUUCCUUUUCAGA